UGUCGUGGUGAGGGCUGCGUCGCCACGCGGCCACGAAACUGAAACCUCUCUCUCCUCACAUCACCAUUCACCAGUCAGUUGGGGGGGCUCGUCCUCGUCGUCACCUUCCUUCCGGGGUUCAGCAUCCAGAUCCAGGCCGACCUGGUCUUCUCCAGAGAGGGAAGAUCGGCACGAGCAAUGCGAGCCCCGAGUAGAUUUUCAGAUUAGUCGGCUCUCGCUGCCAUCGCCAUCGGAGCCAUCGAGGAUGGGCAGGUGGGGCUUCAGCAGGAAGCGCAAGGAGAGGAAGUGGGGGAGCAGCCGCGGCCAUGAACCCGGCGACAAGGGUCCGACCCAGGGCCUCAGGCACCGCGCGUCGCCGGCGAGGAUCAUGAAGCUGUACCCGCACCUCACCGCCGGGCAGCGGGAGAUGAUAGAGGGCGCCGGUUUCGGGGGGCUGCUGCGGCUCCAGUGCCCCACCGUCCCCGCCAGGCUCUCCACCUGGCUCCUCCGGCGGUUCGACACCGAGUCCUCCGAGCUGGUCAUCCCCGGCCGGGGCAGGAUCCCCGUCACCGUCGACAGCGUGCACCGGGUGCUCGGCAUCCCCAAGACCGGCCGCGACGUCGUGUACGGGCUGGACGACGAGAGCAUCGCCUCCGUGCUGGACAAGCACGGCGUCGACAGGCCGCCCUCCAUGGCGAGCCUGGAGAAGUCCAUCAAGCUGAUGAAGUCGGCGGACGAGCACUUCCUCCGGACCUUCGUAAUGCUCGUGCUCUCGUCCUUCCUCUGCCCGACCAGCAGCCUGAAGGUCAGCCCCCGGUGCUUCCCCGCGCUGGUGAACAUCGGGUCCAUCAGGGAGCUCAACUGGUGCAAAUUCGUUGUGGAGCAGCUCGAGAAGUGCGUCUCUUCCCUCGGCAAGAAGAACAGCGCAGGGGGUUGCCUCUUCUAUCUCGUGAUUCUGUACCUAGACUCGCUUGAUGUCCGUGGCAUGGAGAUACCUGACGGCACGCCGAGAGUAUCUGCGUGGGACAGGAAGCUGAUGGAUAAAAUCAUCGAGAUGGACAUGAAGAACAAUGGAUCUUUCGGAAAAUGCUUUUUGAAAAGGGAAGCCACUCGCAAGAUCAUUUCCAGGGGCGCAUCAAGUUCAAGUGCGUCUGUCCUGCUUGGCGACGUCUCGGCGAUAGCAAAUUUUGUGUCAUCAAAUGUCCUACCGGAGUACUGUCCACAGAAGAAGGAGGUCUUAUGCAAGGCUGCGGGUAAUCUUUGUGCAAGCAUCACGGACGCGCUCGCCAAGUUCAUGCGUGAAGUCUCUGGACUUGAAGGCUGCAGCGGAGAAGCCGGCAAAAAUGGCACUGAACUUGCAGUGAGAGAAGAUAACAAUGUGGAGAAUGAUGGUGACGAGAUGGAUGUUGACACGCUCCUAGAUGAUACUUCAGAGCUGGCAACUAAGGACAUGGAAGACACGUCGGUCGACGAGCAUGAAGAUGGAAGUUCCGGGGAGGGCGAGGAAGGUGUUUCGAGCAGUGCGGACUCUGAAGAUGAUCCUGACUGGGAAGGUUACAGACCCACGCGGACUCAUUCUCGACAAAACAGCGUGACACGGAAUAGCAGCAACAGCAAAGAGACUGGGGAUGGAAAAAAUAAACCUAGAGAUGUAACAACCACUGGUUCAGGAAAUGAUGAUUCCAAUAUUCCAGAUGGAAACAAUGAUGGAGUGAACCAAUGCAGCAAAGAACAUGAAAAUGUCGCAAAACCAACAUCGCCUAAUGUUCCUGAGGAUGUGAUGGUACCAACUUUGGUUGUGUCACCGGCAACGGAAGAACCUGGAGAUGUAGCAACCAAUGUCUCCGGAAAUGCUUCAGAUAAUCCGGAGGGAGAUCAAGGCAGAGUGAACCAGUGCAGCGAAGAAGAACAUGUAAACGUCGCAAAACUAAAUCCAUCCAGCGGUCAUGUGGAUGUGGUGAUACCAACUUCAGCUGUGUCACUGCCAAGUACUCCUAGCACACAACAGAAAAACAAUGAAAUGGAGUGUUCCGUUGAGGAUAAGAUGGCGAUCCAGCCUUGCAGCACGCCGUUGGGCGGAUCAUCUGUGAUGGCGUUGGAUGAUAAUGUGACCCCGUCAAAGGAAGACAAGAAAAUGGACAUGACUCCUGCUAUCAACUUUGUUGAAGGAACUCCUGUUGUUGAUUUGAGUACCCCGGAAAGUUCAGACAGCGAGUGCACGGUUGUAAGGACCGUAAGAAAACGUUCUCCUGUCAAUGGCCCGAAAACGCCCUCAUGAUUAACAGCUCAGUGGCUGAGAUGCUGAUGAAGAAAAAUGAAGCAUUUCCAUUGGCAACUUUGGAAACUGCAAUAAGGGGCACCCAAUCCACUGUCGAAAACGGUCUGCCGGGUGAGACAUGAUCAGUGCCUGUCUGCCUGAGAUGCUGAUUGAAGCCAUGGUAUAAUCUUCAUCAUUUCAGCAGAGUGGAUGCCUAGCUGGCACUGUGAACUUCUAAGUUAUGUAUAAUAUGUAUUCUCUCUUGACCUGGCCUGCUGGCUUGUAGUGUUUGCAUGUGGCACUCCCCUGGUUUCUGAACUAUGCUGGCCUGUACUAUAAUAUGAGAUCCAUGGAUCCAUGUUCUUUGCA